ACAAAAUAAGUGAACUUAAUUUUUGAUAUAAAAUAAAAGCUGAGCUCUUCGACUGACAUCAAAAACAGUUCAUCUCUCACAAGCGAAGCAACACACUUGCACUCGUUGAAACCGAAAAUGCUUGCCUUCAUUAUAUUAGCUUUGUUCGCCGUAGCGCGUGCUGAUGUUGGUGGUUACAACUACCCAUCCGCAGGCAGUUCUUUUGGCGGAUUGAGUGGCUACCACGGCAGUGAUGGAGCUGCACACUUGAGUGCACCUAUUGGCGGUCAUAGUGUUGGACCCGUGAGCAGUGGCGGUAUUGGUGACUUCGGUAGUCCACUCAGCGCGCCUGUUAAUGCUGGUCAGGCAGCACCUGAAUUCCAGAAGGAAUUCAUCACCUACACCGCACCAGAAGCUGAAUUCGAUGAUGAUAAGUCUCUGGGUGACUUGUCUGGCUCGUUGAAGAAGAACUUGCGUGUAAUCUUUAUUAAGGGACCCGAAAACAAUGGACUCUCAGAAGCUGCCCUCCAAUUGGCCAAACACGCCGGUGAAGAGAGAACCGCCGUCUAUGUGCUGCAGAAACAAAACGACAUUUCCGACUUGGCUCAGCAAUUGCAGAACCUCAACAGACAGAAUACGAACAAACCCGAAGUGCACUUCGUUAAAUACCGCACACCCGAAGAUGCUGCUCACGCUCAACAUGCCAUCCAACAGCAAUACAACGAGUUGGGUGGAAACUCAGUGUCGCAUGAUGGUGGUUUGGCACCAGUCCUGAACUAUGCUUCGCAAGCCCCAGCUGCACCCGUCGCUCCCACCAACUCAUACAUUCCACCCGCAGCACCUGUAGCUCCUGUUGCUCCAGUCGCCUCAGUUGCGCCAUCGAACUCGUACAUUCCACCUGCAGCACCGGCCAACACCUACAUUCCUCCCGCCAGCCAGCCACAGGCACCAAGCGACGCAUACUUGCCAAUUCUUAAGUUCUAAGGUGAUCGCCGCAGUAUGAGACGUUUGGAGUUACGGUCGUACAGAGAUGCGACAUAAGUUAGACAAAUUUUUCUUAAAUUUGCCAUUAUUGUAUAAUGAUGUUCAUGAAUAUGUUAC